AUGUUAGAACGAAUUUUAAAAAACAAAGAUUCACUGUGCCUUUAUGCUUCCACUAACAACAAAAUUUCACAACUAAGUUCAGAUGAAUGGAUAGUUGUGGAAAAAUUAAUUACAUUGCUUAAACCUUUUGAAGAAAUAACACGAGAACUAAGUGCAGCCAAUGUUUCCAUAUCGUCUGUGAUUCCGUUAUUGGCCACCCUGGAAAAGGUGAUUGAUGAAUAUGAGGCAUCUGAAGAAUGCAUUAGAAAAACUAUACUCGUUUUAAAACAAGAAAUGAAUCACAGAUUUUCUCACUUGGAAAACGACAAAUUAUUUGCUACAGCAACUUUUAUUGAUCCUAGGUACAAAUCGAAAUUUUUCAAAAAUCCUUCAACCAAAGAUCAGGUCGUGAAAAAUAUUUUGGAUUUAAUUGGAAAUGAGGACUUCAGCUUUCCUUCAUGUUCAAAUUCAAAGCGUCCUAAAACGACUAAUCAGGUUAAGGAAAACUUUGGCUCCAGUGCCAGUCUUUCAGAAAAAUCUGUAUCACUAAAAGAAACUAUGAAAAUGAUGAUGGACUCAAGUGAAAGCGAGGAAGAAUUAGAAAAUGAAAUUCCAAAUCCUGUAGAAGUUUUAAUUAAAAAAAAUAUUAAUGAUUAUGUAUUGGAUAAACGUAUUGAAAAUGAAGAAGACCCACUUCUUUGGUGGAAAGUUAAUAGCAAUAAAUAUGGUAUUCUUUCUCCUGUAGCCAGAGAAUAUUUGGUAACUCCACCCACAAGUGUCCCCAGUGAAAGAGUUUUCAGUGGAGCUGGACUUCUCUACACACCUCACCGAAACAGGCUGCACGGAGAAAGAGCUUCAAAACUUUUAUUUUUAAAAUUUAACAUUCCUUUACUUCAAUUUAAUUACUAA